CAAAUCAAAAACAAUAUCUUUGAUGAUAUUAUGAAAAAGAACGUUGCAGGAAAUAUUGUGAUAUUUAAUAUUAUUGAAUAUGAUGGAUCAGUGAGUCAGUCUGAGCAUGAAACAGACUUAAACAGAAAUGUGAAUGGGAGGGAAGAUGAUGAUGAUGAUGAUGAAGGUGUGACUUCCUGUCAUGUGAUGAAUGUGAAGUGGCGACACACCUUCAGUCUGAGUCACAGCUCUGAGUCUCUCCUGGAAACUGGAUCUGGAGAAGAACUGAUGUCAAACCUUCUAAGAACCCGAGAGCCGGAUUCUCGGGAUCGAGGAUGGACGGGGGAUAAAUAUGACGGCUGCACAUCACAACCUCCACAGCGCUCAGAGACCAGACCCAGGUCCAGACCAGCAUCAGCAGAGCUGCCUCAUCCCUCCAUCAACACAACAAUGCAUUGUGGGAACCUCUUGUUCCUGUUCCUGUGGGCGGAGCUUGUUGCAGGUAGACCAUUAAAGGACACAAAUAGCACCCAGCUUGAGAUGCAGAGCAUCAUCGCGGACCUGCAGAAGGCGCUGGAGGUCUACAGCAGCGUCCUCCAGAAGACGGACACUGUGAGAGCCCUUCCAGUCCUGCCCUGCACUGUGACCACUGUUCCCCCGGAUCAGAACUCCACGCUGGUCAAAAGACUGUCCGACUACCAGGGCUGUGCGGAGCGGCUCAGGUCUCUCUGUCCUGACGUCACCACGCUGUGUCGCGUCGUCACGCUGAACCAGGACCUGCUGCAACACCUGGAAAAAUCACACCAGGACUCGGGGUGUCCCACCUCCUCCCCUCCCCCACCAGACUUUGACUCCAUGCUUGAAUCCAUCCAGUGUGUUCAGUGCUGGAGCCAGGAGGUGAAAGCGCUGCGCAGAUAACACCUGAGGUCUUUACCUGUCACUUCAGUGUGACGCCUGCUCUGAUACUGAAUAUAAUCUGAAUGACACAGUGAUCAGGAGGAGGCACCUGUCUCCACAUGGAUUCAGAAAAGGUUCUCCACUACAUGACGUCAUUCAGAUGUCUUCUUCUCUGAUUAUUCUCAUAUUAUUCCUUCAUAUUCAAAUAUAUUUUCUCAAUAAUAUGAUUCUGAUAAUAUGAAAAUCUCACAAACUAGAUUUACAUAAUAAUUUAAAUAAGUCAUAAUAUUAUAUAUUUAUAUGAUAUUUAACACAUUAACCAGAAUUUAUCUUGUACUGAUUUGACCGAUUUUCUCUCUAUUUAUUUAUGUUUUAAACCACUUUUCUUUGUUCUAUAACCUGAUGAUUUGUUUAUUUAUCUAUGAUGUAUUAACUGUAAUACUGUGUAUGAACUACAGAGGGCACUGCUCGUCGUUUUGUACUGUUGAAUUAACACAAAUAUAAACACACCAAGUUUUUCAUAUAUUUAUAUUUCAUAUAUUUGAACCUGUUGAAUUGUU